AACAUGGUGGCCACUGCCAAGAACCACCACACCUUCAUCCAGUCGGCCAUCCGGUUUCUGAGGAAGUACAACUUCAAUGGGCUGGACAUUGAUUGGGAGUAUCCCAGCAACCAUGGCAGCCCCGGGGACACCCAGUGACUCCUCGCCGUCCUGCUGAAGGAAAUGUAUGAGGUAUUUGAGCAAGAAGCUGCCCAGAGUAACGAACCCAGGUUGCUGAUUUCUGCGGCUGUGUGGGCUGGUAAAGGGACCACUGAGACUGCCUACCAGACCCCUGAGAUGUCGAAGUACAUGCGCCUCAUCACUGUGAUGACCUAUGACCUCAGGGGCUCCUGGGAGGGCUUCACAGGCAAGAACGGCCCCCUGUUUGCAGGACCCAGUGACCAGGGAGACAACAAAGUCUUUAGUGUGGACUAUAUCAGGAACUACUGGAAGGACAGUGGCGCCCCUGCUGAGAAGCUGAUCCUUGGAUUCCCAACCUAUGGACACACCUUCCUCCAGAGCAACCCCUCCAACCAUGGAAUCAGGGCUCUGACCACAGGCCCUGGCCCCGCUGGGCCCUACACCAGGCAGUCUGGGUUCUGGGCCUACUACGAGAUCUGUACCUCCCUGAAGAAUGGAGCUACUGAAGUGGGGGAGGCUGCUGAGGACGCCCCCUACGCCUACAAAGGCAGUGAGUGGCUCAGUUACGACAACACCAAGAGCUUCAAAUUCAAGGCCGACUGGCUGAAGAAGAACAACUUUGGAGGCACCAGGGUCUGGGCCACCGAUCUGGAUGACGACUUCAUGGGCACUUUCUGACACGAGGGCAGAUUCCCCCUGACCACUGUGCUGAAGGAGGCCCUGGGCCUGCAGAGCAGAAGUUGCACCGCCCCCUGACCCCGGCCCAUCACAACACUAACUCCUCCCAGCAGCAGCAGCAGUGGAAGUAGAAGUGGGUCCGGGAGUGGGAGGGGUAGCCCUGGGGGCACUGGCUUCUGUGCAGACAAAGCCAAUGGCCUCUACCCUGUGGAGGGCAACAGAAAUGCCUUCUGGCACUGCCUAAAUGGUAUGAGGAACUGCCAGGCCGGGCUUGUCUUUGACACCAGCUGCCGUUGCUGCAACUGGCCCUAA